CCGCCAAGUAUCUGGCCACACUGCGCCAUAUAAACAAUUUUUUGUCACAAUUUUUUGGGAGCAGACGAACGCGCAUCGAACGCCAAUUGGGGAUCGCAAAGUCGGGAAAACAACGCCGCGCUCGCUUCGCAACAGAUAAACAUUCACAUAAAAUCGCAUUGGCAAAGUUUUCAGUUCCGAUUCGGUUGAAUUUCGCGGUGCAAAACGAAAGAGAAUUUCAAAACGUUUGCUUUUCUUGUUUCGCCGCUCUUUUCGUUGUUGUUCUUUUUGUUGUUUUUUUCCGGCGCGUCGCUUGGCGUUUCGUUUGUGUGCGUGCGUGUGUGUGUGUAAAUACGUGCAGCUGUGUGCGUGCGUUAGUUUGAUUUAAAUAAAUUAUUAGUGAAAAGCAGCAGAGAAAAAUAAGGAAUGCGUGAAAGCGCAAGUAAAUGCAAUAAAAAUAUUACACAUUAAAUAAUCAACAAGUCAAUUAAGGCGCCGAAAGAAAAGUGAAACCCUUGAAAAAGUGACACAAGUAGAGAGUGAAGUGGGUGUGAAAAGCGUAGAAAACCCAGGAAAAGCCACGCACACGGGCGUGCUAACCGCCAAUUAGCCGAACAACCAAAGUCACGUGACAAUGAAGUAGUAAGAGUGUUUCACACUCGACAAUCAUGUCGCUGCGCAGCAACAAGUUGCACAGCCAACAGUCAACGGCCAGCAGCAACAGCAACGGCAGCAACAGCAGCGGCAACAGCGGCAGCAGCAACAGCAACACGCAGCAGCAACAUCCGCCGAUGGCGUACCAGCAGCAGCAGCAACAACUGCUGCAACAGCUGCAGCAGCAGCAGAAGUUCCAGGCGCAGCAGCGUGGCAACACCAGUCGCAAUAAUCUGGCCACUUUGGUGGCGGCCAUCAAUGGACACGACGGUGGGCAGACGGGCUCACCCGGCAACAGUGGCUAUCAAUUGUCACCCGCUGCGGCCUCUAGGGUGGCCCAUGCGCCGCCCCACUCGCCGCUGGGUCCACCCUCGUACUCCGCUGCCACCGCUCAGUCCGCCUUCAGUUACUACGGACAGCAUCAGCAACAUCAGUUGCAACUAAACCACAGUUACCAGCAGCAGCAACAACAGCAGCACCAGCAGCAACAGCAGCAACAGCAGCAGCAGCAGCAACAAUACCAGUUGCAGCAGCAACAGCAGCUGCAGCUGCAGCUUCCACCGCCCGAUCUCACCGAUGGCAUCGAUCAUCCCUCCGCCCAGGCAGCCACGCCCCCGGACUCGCCAAACGCCCAGUCCACUGGGCCAUCGGAUCUGGAGCAGCAGCUCUGUGUGGUCGCCAAAAUGCAGAAAUCGGUGACCAUAACUGUCACGCCGCAGCGCAGCAACUCGAUGGACUUCCUCAACUUCGAGGAGAAGCGCCAGCUCAUCGCCUCGUCCUUAUCCUUAUCGGACAUCCUGCACAGCAGCAACGCGCAGCAGCAGCAGCAGGCGGUCAAGGAUGGACUGGCCAUCAACGGGGGGCAGUGCGCUAAGAAACAGAAUGGAGCGGCCAUACGCACAAAUAGCUUGGGUUCGGGCACUAGGACGCCACCUUUGGAAAGGAAGAGCAAACUCAGUGCCCUGGGCAGAUUCUUCAAGCCAUGGAAAUGGCGACGGAAAAAGAAGAGCGAGAAGUUCGAGGCGGCCUCCAAGUCCCUGGAGCGUAAGAUUUCUGUGCGUGCCAAUCGUGAUGAGCUAGUGCAAAAGGGGAUUCUAUUGCCAGAGAGUCCCCUGGGCAAUAUUCCAGAACCAGGCGAGGAGUCGUAUUACAACAACAGCAACAGUGGAGCCACUGCGAAUGGCUCCCUGCUCAACUCAGCCGUCCACAAUAAUUCCAUGAGCCAGGCCAACAAUUCCAUAAAUGUCACCACCGGCAAUCCGCUCAUCUCCGCCGCCCAGCAGCAGCUGAACCAGGGACUUCCCAACUCGAUCUCCGUGCAGCAGUUCAACGGCCAGAACCAGAAUCCACAGAAUUCCAUGGCCAAUGGCCUUGUGGGUGGUGGUGGCAACGGCGGCGGCGGCGGCGGCGGAGACGGUUCCUCGGACACGUCUUCCCUCAGCGGCGGCGUGCCGCACUCGCAGUCGGCGCCCCAGCAACUGGGGGUGGGGCAACCACCGCCACCCCUAACACCACUGGCCCAGCACCACCAGGCGCUGGCACAGCAGCUGCAGCAGCGAUUCGCCAUCAGCAACAAUAACGAACCAAGAAAAGACAAGACUGAUGCACAACAACAACACGGAGGCAAUGGCACAAUAUCCACGCCCAACAUCGAGCAGCCCACCUGCCAGGGCUCGAUGCUGCCGCCACCCGGAGGCGGUGGCCAUCACCAGGUCGAUGGGAGUGGCAAGAUGGAGCGGCCCAACACGCUCGCCGGCGCCAAUAAGCUGACCCGUCGCGGGGUCAACAUCUGCUACCACAACGAGCACAUGUAUGGCGAGGAUGGAAAAAUGGUGGGUGGUCCGCCGGGCAGCACUCCGCCGCCCUAUCCGGGUGGCAAACUGCCGCCGGGCGUAAUGCUCAGCGAACUGCCGGAGCCGCCGAUUCCGCUGUCGGAGAUCGGACCGAUCCCACCGCCUCCGAUGUUCUCCACUCCAAGUCCCACGCUCAUCGCAGGACGACCGCACGGGCCAGGCGCCGUCAACGAUCAGGAUUAUCAGCAGGACUACGACUACGAUGAUAACGAUCCCGAUCAGGAUGAGCUCGACUCGGACGACGAGUACGCCCCGUAUGGUGGCAACCAUGUGCGCAUGAUGGACACGCAGCGCGUCGAGGAAAUUCCAGCCAAAGAGCCCAAACCAAAUGCAGUUCCUCUCAAGUCGGCGCUGAAGAAGAAGGGCGGCAUGCAGCCCGCCUCCGCCUCCACGCCGGUCACGCCCACCCAGGAACAUGGAGCGGGCAGCGCGGCAACGGCGGCGGCCAUGGCCAACAGCAAUGGCGGUAUUGGCUCGAUGGCGGCAGCUGCCGCCGCAGCGGCCCAGCAAUCCGCCAACCAACGACCGCUGGUCGUUCGCCAGGAUGCGGCGGGCAACAACUAUUCGCUCAAGCCAAUACUACGACCACGGAUUAGACUAUGCAGGCAGCAAAUGUUCAACAUCCAAUUGCCGUGCACCGUGGAGAACAAGGAGAACGCCCGGCCCUUUGUGAUACGCGAAAGCAGCAGCGAUAGUGACGAGAGUGAUGGCCAUAUCGUCUACAGGGACGAGGACAACGACAACACCCGGCUGGCCAAACUGGCCCGCAAGGAGUCGCUGUCCCUGAAGCUGCAGCUCCGGCCGGACAAGCAGGACCUGAUCAACCGCAACAUCCUGCACCAGGUCAAUGACAACGAGCUCAAGGAGUCCAAGGAGGCGAUCGGAGCACGCCUCAUCCGCCGGCUGUCCAUGCGACCCACGGCCGAGGAGCUGGUCGAGCGCAACAUCUUGAAAACUCAAUCACCCGCCGAGGAGAAGAAGCAGAAGGAGGAGAAGAAGUCGUAUCUGUUGCGCAAACUCAGCUUUCGGCCGACCGUCGAGGAGCUGAAGGAGAAGAAGAUCAUCCGGUUCAACGACUACAUCGAGGUCACGCAGGCCCACGACUACGAUCGGCGGGCGGACAAGCCGUGGACAAGACUGACGCCAAAGGACAAGGCCGCCAUUCGCAAGGAGCUGAACGAGUUCAAGUCCUCCGAAAUGGCCGUCCACGAGGGCAGUCGGCAUUUGACGAGAUACCAUAGGCCAUGACGAUUGCAAUGGCAGCAACUUUCCAGCAAAUUACAACAGCAACCGAAGCAGCAAUUGUAUAUCAUGCAGCAUAAAAUUGUCAACAAAUGUUUAAAAGCAAAAAAUUAAGCGAGAA